UACGGGCGGCCUAUCACCGCGGUUUCAUGAUCCCCUUCGACUCGAUGUCUCUGGUACUUCGAUUACUCAGCAUAUGCCGAAUAAUUGUUCCCCCGAAGUUACCGGGAAUCGUGCACAUAUUGGCAGCGGUUGAGAGCGGAGGGUUCCAGUAUAAAGCCACGAAUAUGAUCCUGCACAUAGGCAAGCCAACCUUUCCUUCAUCACCACAUAGCAAGAUCGAACCUUCAUGAGUGCGAACAAACCCCUUGUGCUCGUCCUUGGCGCCACUGGGCGUACCGGGCGCCCUGUCGUCAAAGGCCUCCUGGAGUCAGGUCGAUGGAAUGUUGCCGUGCUGACGCGCUUAGCCUCGGCGUCCAAACCAGAGGUAGACGCGCUUCGAUCGCAAGGCGUGGAGAUCCGCAUCGGCGAUUUUGCAGUCGACCCGCCGGCGAAGUUGGCAGAAUACGUCAAGGGCGUUGAAGUGCUGCUGAGCGUUGCAUCCGCCGAUGUGCUCGAUGCGCAGAAGCCUAUCCUGAAGGCGGCAGUGGAUGCAGGCGUGAAGAGGCUCAUCCCUUGCGACGUUGGCACUCCCGGUGCAAGGGGCGUCAGAGCUCUGCACGAUGAGAAACUCGAUGUCAGAGACUACCUCAAGGACAUCUGCGCCGCAUCCAAUGGCGUCUCCAGCUACACCUUCCUAGACAUCGGGUGGUGGAUGCAGCUUGCUGUGCCUAGCUCAUCCACCAAGCCAGCACCGCUCGGCCCGCUCAGUGACGACUACUUCACCGAAGACGACAAACCGGUGCUCCUUACGGACGUCAACCACAUUGGACCGUACGUCGCGAGGAUCAUCGGCGACGAACGGACGGCGAACCAGUAUGUCAUCAUCUGGGAAGACGAGUUGACCCUUCGAGAGUACCGGGAGAUAGCAGAGGCCGCAAGCGGAGAGGCAGAGGCCAUCCGGGCGAAGCGUGUCGUGCUCGACAGAGCCGCGCUAAUUCAGCGUGCGGCCGAGAACAAGGCGAAGUAUACGACUGACAGAGACUACUGGUCUCACGCUACGUGGGCGUUCUCUGAAUACAUGAUCAGCAUCCACUUCCUCGGCGAGAACACGCUGGCGAACGCGAAGAAGCUGGGCGCACUCGACGCACAGGAGCUCUAUCCCGAUAUCGUGCCGACGGGGUUUGCGGAUUUUGCUAAGGAAUUCUAUGGGGCGACGCAUUGAGGCGUUCGCUCGUCUUGAGCUCACACGCUGUAUGACGCUUGCGGAAUCUGGGCGCUGGACAGCAGUGUAUGAUUGUACAGUAUCAUAAUGGCCAUGAAGUUAUCGCG